CUUUGAGCUUCACCUCCUUCCCGUCGUCCGUGACCACUUCAAAUCGUACAAUAUAGUCAACGUCUCAUUCUUACUGCUUGGUAGCUCGACCCUCUAGACCUUCCUAAUACUUAUUCGAAUCGCAAUUCUGCUCACGAUUCAGAAGCUACCGAUCGCUCACCAUGGUCCAAUUUUCCGAAGAAACCAAGGAGCGUAUCUCGAAGGUUAUUGACGUCUCCAGAGUUGCCAUCCACUAUGGAUAUCUCCCUCUGAUCAUUUAUCUCGGCUACACUUACAGCGAGCCAAAGCCUUCUCUAUUCAAGUUGUUCUCGCCGCUUGCAUAGAGUCAUAGAAGGAUUGAUUGUAUCGCACGACGGGGCCUGCCCUUGGACAAUGGGCACUCGAGAUCUUAUUCAAUGGGUCUGUUGCUAGCCCGGGUAGGAGAAUCGGCCGAAUUGUUCCCUCGAAGGGAGCCUCUUUCUCUCUCUUGCCCUGUAGAAAUUCUAUACUGGAUGUUCAGGAGCCUAGCACCGACGAAUGUGUAUUUUAAAACCUGUGUUGCGCUUUGUCAUUUUUCUUCUUGAUGCUGUUUGUUUUUCGCGCGAAUGACUUCAUCCGGUGUUGUUGUUUCUAUCCCAAGUACCAUACUUGAAAGUGACGCACUGGAGCCGUUUAGAUUGUUCAACAC